AUGUUCUACUACACAACCUUUGCCAUCAUUGCUAUUCUUAUUAAUAGUUCAAAUGGCAAAAUGGCAAGACCAUUACCAAAUGAACCGAAACCGUGCUGUCUACCGAAACAACAUAGUUCACAAAUGAGCAUAUCAACCGGUAUAAUAUUGCCAGAUGGUAAACCAUAUAGUUCGCACUCAACCUAUAAUUUUUCAUAUGAUUCGGAUCGUGGUUUGGUUGCUAUGAAAGGUGAAGCAAUUUCAAUACCAGAUGGUCAAAAAUCCCAUUGGUGGAUUAUUGAAAAUAUGAAAGAUGGUCAAACUUAUACAAUAGAUCAAGAUUCAAAAAAAUGUUAUAAAUCAAUAAUAACACUAAAACCAUUGUAUUGUAUACCAGAGACAGCAGUUUACCAAUACUCGUCUACAUAUGGAUAUGGUGAUAAACAAAUUAUUGGUGACACAUGGCUUAUAACAAAGGAUGAAGCAAUUUUGUAUUUUACAGUUAGUAGUGAUGGUUUGUGUAUUCCAUUGAAUGGACAUAAUUACUCUCAGAAUCCUGCUACUGUUAAUUCAACGACAAUUGCAAAUUUCGUACCGAAAAUUCUUGAUCCUAGUGCAUUCGAUAUACCAGAAGUAUGUAAAAACGUUGUUUCGUAA